CAUAGUGUUUGUCUCCUAACAUGUGUACAUGUUCUUAUUGCAAAUGUUAUCAAACAAAUAUAAGUUACAAACAACAAACAAAAAAGAUUAUGUUAUGCCCAACAAACCCUGCAUUCUGUACAUUCUUCAGCGCAUCAUCUUCAAAACAACAGUUGCAUGAAAAGAAACGCUAAUAUAAACAGACACAGUGGUUCUCUCUCUCGCUUCACCCCUUUCCUCACGCUUCAACAUUUCUUUUUACUAACCAUUAGACGGAAAAUACUUGCACCGAGCAAGAGCGGACGCAGCACAGACGCCAUGUCAUGUGGAUUUUUGUUAAAAAUAUAUUCGCGGCCACACAAACUAGUGGGCACGGUUUGCCGUACGAAGCGGCAGUUGCGUUAGAAGCACCUCCACGUUCUAAGAAAGUCACAGAAAAAAAAGAAAAAGUAACAAGGGAAGAAAUUGUGUUGGAAGAUGUGACACACUGUUAUACUGUGACAUACUGUUCGUGCACAAAUGGAUAAAAUUGUCAUUAAAAAAAGGGGAAAGAAAAGUUGUAUUUAAAACAAAAUACAGCUUUACACUCAGCUUGGUGUGGAGAAUAAGUAGAAAGAAAUAAAAAAAUAAAUAAGAAAAUUAAAACCCACUAUAAGAAGAAUGUCUUCCCUUACGAUCAAGUGUCCCACAGUGCCGCCGUGACACAGUCACCAUCGUGCACCAUACCCCAAUUCGGCGGGGAUGCGUAAUGUUACGUCGGGCAGACGACGGCCGCAAAACACCGCGCAACAGUUUUUCGACAUCAAACGUACGCACGUCGCAAUUGGUUUCGGACGUUGCCGGUCGUUCGGUGUGAUGUACCCGUUGAUUAGGCGAACUUUUUACCUUUUGCUAUAAUUUGCUAUAAUUUGUUUUAUUUUUAAAAAAGUAGUGCAAAUACAAUUGUGACAUUGAUUUAAAUUUCAUUCAUCCAACGGUGACGGUGAGAUUCGGAAUGCAAACAGAAAGAAAAGAAAACAUCACUUCGUAGUGACGGCUCGUGUUUUACAUCAUACAGAAGAGUGAGGGAAAACAAGCAAAACAAAAAACAAAGUGUGACGUAGUGUGAAGCAUUAAUUAUAUACAUUUGUCAACCAUCAAUCUGUCAAGCCUUGUGACGGCUCGAGAAACAGCAACAAUACUCUUCAAUAAAAUUCGCACUCAACGCAUCAAACAGGCGCAAUGGUAAUCCCCAAAUUUCGUUGGAAAACUUCACUCCGAAAGACUGGUGUAUGGUUACCCAUCGGUCUACUAUUGCCGCUUCUUGCCAUACACCAAGCAACUGUCGCGGCUUACCAUAGUGAUCUUGAUGAAACGGUGGAGCACAUUAAAAUUGGUGGAUUGUUUGAUGGUGCCACCGAAGAUGCGGAGCUCGCAUUCCAGUACGCGGUCGAGGCGGUCAACAACGAGAAGUUGUCGUACUCCAACUAUCAGCUAGAGGCACAGGCAGUGCAGGUCAAAUAUGGCGACCAGUUCGAUGUGUCAAAGAAGCUCUGCGGCUUGCUAAAGACCGGUGUGGCCGGUAUCUUUGGACCAUCCUCGCCAAAAUCGGCCCUGCACGUGCAAAGUGUGUGCGACGAGAAGGAGAUGCCACACAUCGAGACGCGCUGGGACGCAUACACGAAGCAGCCGACGCUGAACCUUCACCCUCAUCCACACAUCAUGGGUCGUGUGUUGCUCGAUCUGGUGGUAGCGUUCGAGUGGAAGUCUUUCACCAUUUUGUACGAAUCCGGCCCAUGGUUGCCGAGUAUUGCCGACCUGCUGAAGAUGUACGACCCGAAAGGUUACACGGUGACCGUGCGUCAGCUAGACCUACGGUUGAACGGUAACUACCGUGCAGUGCUACGGCGCGUUAAGCUAUCCGAGGACAAGCGCAUCAUACUUGCCUGUUCGAUAGAUUCGAUGCCCGAGGUGUUGAAGCAGGCUCAACAGGUAGGUCUCCUGACGGAUCACCAUCAAAUCAUCAUCACCUCGCUGGAUCUGCAUACGAUCGAUCUCGAACCGUACCAGUACAGCGGUACCAACAUCACCGGCGUACGUUUGAUCGAUCCGGAGGAGGAUAAAAUUAAGCAGGUGGCCGACUUCCUGAAUGCGUCACAGAUUGCCAAAACGCUCGAACUGCAGGAUGGACUGAAUCCGGCAAAAAUGCGAGUCGAGACGGCACUUAUGUACGAUGCGGUGUUGCUGUUUGCGGAAGCACUGAAGCAUCUGAUCGGAACCGAACCGGCGCAUCUGCUCGAACCGAUCGCGCUCAAGUGUGACGAACCGACGACUUGGAAGAAUGGUUACAGUGUCAUUAACUACAUGAAGAGUUCCACCAUCCACGGGUUGACGCGCAGCAUCAAGUUUGACCAUCAGGGGCAUCGGUCCGACUUUCUGCUGGACAUCAUCGAACUCGGACCGGCAGGGCUCGAGAAGGUCGGAGUCUGGAACUCUACCGAGGGACUUAAUUUUACCCGCAAAAAGGAACAAACGUUACUCGCGUUUGAUGAUGGGACACUACAAAACCGUACCUUUAGCGUACUGACAGCAAUCUCACCACCUUACGGUAUGCUGAAGGACUCACCGGUGAAGCUGACUGGUAAUGAACGCUUCGAAGGUUUCGGUAUCGAUCUCAUCCACGAGCUGUCACUGAUGCUUGGCUUCAACUACACCUUCAUACUGCAGGAGGAUGGCGUGUACGGUUCCCUCAACAGAGACACCAAGAAAUGGAACGGUAUGGUACUUGAACUGCUCGAAUGGCGCGCUGAUCUAGCUAUUACUGAUCUCACCAUUACGUCCGAUCGCGAAAGUGCCGUUGACUUCACGAUGCCCUUCAUGAACCUGGGUAUUUCGAUCUUGUUCCGGAAGCCCACCAAGGAACCACCAUCGCUGUUCUCCUUCAUGUCACCGUUUUCCAAACAGGUGUGGAUGUAUCUCGGCGGUGCCUAUAUGAUGGUGUCUAUGUCACUAUUCAUUCUCGGCCGUAUCUCACCCAAGGAGUGGGACAAUCCCUACCCAUGCAUCGAAGAACCGGAGGAACUGGAGAACCAGUUUAGCUUCAGUAACUCGAUGUGGUUCACGAUCGGUGCACUCCUCCAACAGGGUUCCGAAAUCGCACCCAAAGCUCCAGCAACGCGUGCUGUCGCCUCGAUUUGGUGGUUCUUUACCCUGAUUAUGGUAUCGUCAUACACGGCGAAUCUGGCCGCCUUCUUAACCGUGGAGCAGGUCGUUUCCCCAAUCAGUAACGCAGAAGACUUAGCCGCAGCCGGUGGCACGAUAAAGUACGGUGCGAAGCGAGACGGUAGCACGAUCAGCUUCUUCAAGGAUGCGGAGUACGGUACGUACGCGAAGAUGUACCAGUACAUGAUGGCCAACCAGGAGUUGCUUACCUCGUCCAAUCCGGAGGGUUUGCAGCGCGUCAAGACGGAAAACUAUGCCUUCCUGAUGGAGUCCACCUCGAUCGAGUACCUUGUGGAGCGCAAUUGUGACGUUACGCAGAUCGGUGGACUGCUCGAUGAUAAGGGUUACGGGAUUGCAAUGCGCAAGAAUUCCCCUUAUCGUAGUGCACUCAGUGAGGCGGUGUUACGUCUUCAGGAGCAAGGUGUUUUAACCUCACUCAAGCGUAAAUGGUGGAAGGAGAAGCGUGGUGGUGGUGCCUGUUCGAACACGAUGGAGGAAGGUGGUGCACUUGCACUCGAGCUCGCAAACGUCGGCGGUGUCUUCGUGCUGCUGAUCGUGGGCUGUGUCGCGGCACUGUUCGUAAGCUUCUGCGAGAUGCUCUGCGAUGUGCAUAGUCGCUCGCGCACGCUGAAGGUACCGUUCCGAGAGGAACUGAUGGCUGAACUGCGGUUUGUGGCCAAGUGCCACGGUAACACCAAACCCGUCCGGCACGGUAAAAGCUCUUCCGCUUCGGGGGAAAACUCACCCGAAUCGGGUAUGGAAUCGGCGGAUCAAUCGGCCAACUCCAGCAAACAUGACAUUUCCGGUGGUCGUAACGGUGUGGAGGACGCACCCGUCCAGCAUCCCGCACAGCGGAAACAAAAUGGUGGAAAAUCGGCACUGAACGGAAACACCCGGAAGGGUAUGCUUGAUGACUAAUAGAGAUCUGUAUGACAUACAAUAUAUAUUUUUUUAACAUAAUUAAAACCACAUUACUAUACACAUUGAUGGUUGAAAACAAAAACGAAAAUGACAUAAUAAAUAUAGAUAAAUUAAUAA